UCUGGAGGCACAAGUCGACGGGACCGUGAGGAGAUGUACGAGCCGUGGAAUAAUCGGGCCCUCAUCUGGAAGUCUUCGCUAUUCCCGAACGCGCUGCAAAUUAUUGGGGAGAUGCUCGAAAAUCGGGAGGGGUUGUUAGAUGGAAGGAUGCGGACUGUGGCUGUUCCCGAGAAUUUUCGUCCGCGUUUCCCCGAAGAUAUGAUUGCGUUGCCUGGUCCUAUACCGAGCCCCAUGGAAAGAGAUUCAGUGGCCGCCCUCCACAUCAACGACUUCUUCGAGAAAUAUAUCGCAAGCGUGGACGUGUUGUUGAUGGUUCGCGAACAUGGGCGUUAUCACCCAGCAACUGACGAUUUUCGCGGCUAUUGGGCAAUGGAUCAUGUGACAAUGUCGCUUCUCUGUCUCCCUACCCACGACUUUCCUCAUAGUAUUCGA